AUGGACCUGCAAAAGGUUCGGAUCUUCGAACCCGAGCAAUGCAAGCACCUUGCCAAGCCGUCCAUACCUCAAUUCAUCGUCUCUUGUUCCUUGAUGGGAUGGCUGCUAAUCUGCUACCUUCCACAAUGGGCUCGCAUAGUGUCGCGCAAGUCUGCCGAGGGCUUGUCGACGUACUACAUCCUUCUCGGCUCGCUUUCCGGCGUUUGUGCAGUGGGCAACAUCAUGAUGUUACCAUCUAGCGCCGUGGAACUCGGUUGCUGCAGGAUCAAUACGCGGUUCGCCUGUAUCAGCGGUCUACUAGGCAUGCUUCAGGUUAUCUUCGGCAUUGCUUGCUUCUGGGUUGUCCUCUUCAUGUAUGUCUACUACUCGGAGGAAGAAGCCGACGCAGAGCUGCACGGUCGCAGGCCUUCAAUUUCGGGAGCAGAUCGCACAUUUCGUCGUGCAAAACGAGCAAUCAGAGUUCUUAUUGCUGCAUGCAGUUUCGCGAUGGCGGUCCUCGUAGUCUCAUCCAUCAUCUUGCACAGCUUCCCUUGGGUUGCACAGACGUGGGCCAACAUUCUAGGCAUCGCCGUGGCUUGCUUCGCGUGCGUCCAAUGGAUCCCACAGAUCCGAACGACGUGGCACCUCGGACAUCUCGGAAGUCUCAGCCCGGUAUCUCUUUGCUUGAUGGCUCCGUACACCUGGAUCUUUGGGAUCAACAUGAUGAUUCGAGUCGGACUCACAGGCUGGAGCGCUUGGAUUGUCUACGUCCUUGUGGGGACCAUGCAGAUCAUCCUCAUCGUUAUGGCUAUUUGUUUCGCGAUUAGAGAUCGAAGACUGGCCAAAGAAGGGAAACAGCAUUGCUCGGUCCCUCCAGAAUUCGAAGGCUGGAAUACCGUCACUACUUGGACGUCUCGGUCUCGUCGGCCAUCGGUACUAUCGCACGCGGCUUCCAACCUUGCUCCUGAUGAGCAUAGCCCGCUAAUCCAAGACCAACGAAGUCCUCACAAACCAGCCAAUGGUCAUACUCACCACUAGGAGUGCUUUGAGGACGAUCCGGUAAAGAAUUGGAAACCAGACUCUGUUUGAAUCUAUACGUCAUGGCCGUCACGGGGCCCUUGAGAAGAAUGGCUGUCAAUUGCACCAUACACUGGUGUAGACCGCAACACAAGGAGCAUUGAAGAUACCUCUUGCAUAGACUGAAGAAUGGUGGUGUUGUUGGUUUCUAUUGUCGCGGGCUCAAGACAGAGGACUGUUCGCGAAGAGAAAUGAAUAUGGCGCUGAUGUGGAGAAGAGUUGAUAUGGCAACCGAGCACUGUUACAACGUUGACCGUCCUGCCAACCACGGUCAUUGUCUGCAUGCAAGCAUAUCUUGUACGGAACUGGCUCCAGAUUUCUUGAACUUAUG